CCACGGUCCAAUCGGGUUUCCGAGGAGAGCCCAUCGAGACCCCCGCAAAGUGAAGACGUACGCGCGGCAGCCACCACACACUCCAACCCCACCGUGCGUAUUAUCAAUUACUGUUAUUAAUUUGCGAACGCUGAGCCAUCUCGUCUGCCAGCAUGUCUGUAGCGGGCCUCAAGAAGCAAUUCCACAAAGCCACUCAGAAAGUGAGUGAGAAAGUGGGCGGAGCCGAGGGAACCAAGCUCGAUGAGGACUUCACCGAAAUGGAAAAGAAGGUGGACACAACCACCCGGGCGGUCAUCGAUAUCAUGACCAAGACGACCGAGUAUCUGCAGCCCAAUCCAGCCACCAGAGCCAAGAUGAGCAUGAUGAACUCCAUGUCACGCAUGCGUGGUCAGGAGAAGGGACCCGGAUACACCCAGACAGAAGCCAUCCUGGGAGAGUCCAUGCAGCGCUUCGGUCGCGAGCUCGGCGAGGAAUCCAAUUUCGGCCUGGCUCUGAUCGACGCCGGGGAGUGCAUGCGUGAGCUGGCAGAGGUUAAGGACGCCCUGGACAUGGAAGUCAAGCAGAACUUCAUCGACCCGCUGCAGAACCUUCACGAGAAAGACCUCAAGGAGAUCCAGCAUCACCUGAAGAAGAUGGAAGGCCGGCGUCUGGACUUUGACUACAAGAAGAAGAGGCAGGGCAAAGUGACAGACGAAGAGCUCAAGCAAGCGCUGGAGAAGUUCGACGAGUCCAAGGACAUCGCCGAGCUCAGUAUGUUCAACCUGCUGGAGAGCGAUAUCGAGCAAGUGAGCCAGCUGGCGGCGUUGGUCCACGCUCAGGUGGAAUAUCACAGCCGGGCGGCCGAGAUCCUCACGCAGCUGUGCAGCAAGAUUGACGAACGGAUAAAGGAUUGUUCCCACAAGCCCCGGAAAGAGUACACCCCCAAGCCUCGCACCACUCUGGACUUCUCCUCCAUCAGUGAGAACCACAACGGAGGCAUACACAGUGCUCGUUCUCCGGGGGCGAGGUCGCCAGCCCGGUCUCCAGCAAGAUCUCCAGCUCGGUCACCAGCCCCCAUGGACCAGCCAUGCUGCCGCGCCCUCUACGACUUUGACCCGGAGAACGAAGGCGAGCUGGGCUUCAAGGAGGGCGACAUCAUCACCCUGACCAACAAGAUCGACGAGAACUGGUACGAGGGGAUGCUGCACGGCAACUCGGGCUUCUUCCCGAUGAACUACGUGGACAUCUUGGUGCCCCUGCCGCACUAGAGCGCCACCUGCCGCUCGUGACGCAAAUGCAGUAAAACGGCCGCUUAAGAAAUCAGCAAAUAAAACAUCUAUCCCCCCCAAACCUCCUGAAACAAACGUGCAUUCCCGAUUGAGCCCAACCUAAGCAGCCCGAUCUGCUGCUUGCAACAAUAAAGCAAUGAGCAGCCGGUGCAUAGUUUCAACUCUGCCUCCGCGUGCUAGUUCCAACCCAGACCGCCCCUGAUGUCAUCAUUCCCACUCCACCAUCCCACUUGAUGUCCGUCGCUGUACUUUGUGAACGUCCGUUGUGGUAGAUUAAACACAUGAUGUUUGUUAGCGAUCAAACGUUAGAGCCCAAGAAAGUGUUCGUAAACCUAUUUGACGUUCUUCGUCGUUUUAUUUAUUUAUUUAUUUAUUUAUCGGCACGCUGGGGAAAUGAUAACGUUGGGUUUGCGAUCCCUUUCUUUGGAGUUUUUACGUUUGUAACUAUUCAGAAUUUGGGUUUGCAGUCACCUCAGCAUAUUGUGUGAAGUGGGGGUUCAGAUACCAAAUUAGCAAAA